UAUGAUCCAGCCUCGGUCUACGCUAAUUCAUACUUUCCAUGUCUUAAGUCCCACGAAGCUGCCGUCGCCUUGGUCAACCCGCCCGAACUUCCCUCCACCAAGGAAAAUGCUAAAGGUAUUUUGCCUCACGCCUCACACGCAGAAACACACCCGGAUCCCGAGCUGCAGCACGCUAACGAGCUCGUAUCACUACACUACGACGUCAAGGUCAAGUUCCUUGAGAUGGGUCCCGACCCAGAACUAAUACAGGCGGAGAGGAAUGUUGAUCAAGUAAUAUCGGCGUUGCAUGCUUGA